AUGGCUCCCUCUGCAAUCACCCCCGAGACUUCCCCUGAGCGCCGCUCCAGCCUCAAGAAAGUUAUCGUCCAGAACCGGUCUCACAGCAGCUCUGUGUCGUCAGUUGCUUCCAUCACCCUCAAUGAUGGCAACAGCAUUCCUCAGGUUGCUCUUGGUGUAUACAAGGCCCCCAACGGCCAGGAGACUGAGGAUGCCAUCACGGCUGCUCUCGAUGCUGGAUACCGCCACAUUGACUCUGCCGCCCGGUAUGCCAAUGAGGAAGCUUGCGGUCGGGCAAUCCGCCGCUGGAUGAAGAAGACUGGCACACCUCGUGAAGAGAUCUUUGUCUGUUCCAAGCUCUGGGACUCUGAUCAUGGCUACGAAGCCACUUUCAACGCGCUUUGUUCAUCUCUCGACAAGAUGGGCCUCGACUAUUUGGACCUGUAUCUUAUCCACUCUCCCGCUCAAGAUGAAGAAAAGCGCCUAGAGAGCUGGCGCGCUCUGGAGACAGCUCAACGACUGGGCAAGGUCAAGUCCAUUGGCGUUUCCAACUUUGGAGCCGCCCAUAUUGAGAACCUUCUCGAGAAUGCUCGUGUAGUCCCUGCCGUCAACCAGGUUGAGGUCCACCCUUUCUGCCAACGCGAAGCUCUUGUCGAGCUCUGCAGCAAGCAUGGCAUUAUGAUUGAAGCUUACUCUCCGCUGGCUCGGGGGAACAAGCUUGAAGAUCCCACUAUAAAUGCAAUUGCCAAGAAAUACGGCAAGACUCCUGCCCAAAUCCUCUUGAACUGGAAUGCUUCUCGCGGAAACGUUGUGCUGCCCAAGAGUUUGACUCCCUCUCGUAUUCAGAGCAACCUCGAGAGCUUUGACUUUGAGCUAUCUGAGGAAGAUAUCGAAACCAUCAACUCUCUCGGAGCCGAGAACUACGUCACUGGCAGCAUGCAUAAGUCCAGCGACUGA